GUAACGUUUAAAUCUAUUGGUAGUUUUAAAACAUGAAAUGCGCUUUUAUUUUGAAACUCAGUCUAAGUCCUACACCGAAAGUUUGAGCUUUCGUAGUUAUACAAUGCUCUGCAGAACUCAAGCGCUUGAAGUUAAACUGAAGAUUAAAGUAAUUGAGUCAUCUACGAACAGGGGAGCUGCACUUCUGCACACCUUUGAGCAGCAGUAUGAUGCAGGCAGGAUUCUGUCUGAAACAGGACACUGAGACAGCACUACCAGAGCUCACUGAGCAGCACAGGACCAGACCGGAAGAAGAGGAACUCAGUGGACUGGAGUCUGUCCACAUGGCAGAGUCAAAGACAGAGUGUGCUGCACCGGGACUCAACACACUGGAGCCAGAGUGUGUUACCGCACACAGUGGGGAUCCCCUCAGGUAUCAGACGUGAGCCCUCAAACCUCAAGCAAAAAGGCAUCAGUUCAAGCGCUGUCAUUCAGUCCGGCCUCAGUCCUCAUCCGAAACGUCUUCAUACCUCACCCAAUAAGCCUUUACUUCCAACGCCCUCAUCCUGACGGAGCUGCACUUCUGCACACCUUUGAGCAGCAGUAUGAUGCAGGCAGGAGUCUGUCUGAGACAGGACACUGAGACAGCACUACCAGAGCUCACUGAGCAGCACACGAUCAGACAGAAAGAAGAGGAACUCAGUGGACUGGAGUCUGUCCACAUGGCAGAGUCAGAGACAGAGUGUGCUGCACCAGGACUGAACACACUGGAGCCAGAGUGUGUUACAGCACACAGCGGGGUCAGUGAUGUACACCACACACAUGCACCACUGAUUAAAACAGAAACUGAUCUGGGUUCCACCCACACUGGGGAUCUUAAGACAGAGAACCUUGACAGUACAGAGCUGGGAUAUGUAACCCAUCUGCAUCCUGACCAAAUCAAAACAGAGACUGAUGAUGAAGGAUUCCUUAAAGCAGAACACAGUGAUUUGCAGGAUAUUAAAUGUGUUCGUAUUAAAUCUGAUCAAAUGAAGUGUGAACCAUGGCAAUCUCCAGGAGACCCAAACAGAAGCUGUAAAAAAGAAUUAAUAAAUCAUCAAUGUGAUAAAAACAAUGAAAAUAAUCAGACCAUGUUUAUCCAGAAAAGUACAAAGAGUAGCAGCAAAUAUAUAAAUUCUCAGACAAUUAAUGUGAUCAUUGAACCCACUAUAAUCAAUUCAAGUAAAAACCCUUUGAAUGUCUUUCAAAACAAGAUAAUUCACAGAAAUACAUGUGAAAUUAAUACAGUUGAAAGGCCAUACAAAUGCACUCAGUGUGAGAAGUGUUUUCGUACAAGGUCUGCUUUAAAAAAACACAUACAAAUUCAUUCAGGUGAAAAGCCCUACCAGUGUAUUCUGUGUGGGAAGUCUUAUUCCCAAGGAGGUCAGUUAAGUAGCCACCUGAGAAUGCAUACAGGUGAAAGGCCUUACAAAUGUACACACUGUGAAAAGUGUUUCCAUACAAGUUCUGCUUUAAAAAGACACAUGCAAAUUCAUACAAGUGAAAGGCCCUGCAAGUGUACACAAUGUGGGAAAUGUUUUAGAUCAAGUUCUUCUUUAAAUCUACACCUGAGAAUGCAUACAGGUGAAAAGUCCUACAAAUGUCCUCAGUGUGGAAAGUGUUUUUAUUCAGAAUCUUCUUUAAAUGUACACCAGAGAAUUCAUAAAGGUGAAAAGCCGUACAUAUGUACUCAGUGUGGGAAGUGUUUUAGUGCAAAUUCUGUUUUAAAUCAACAUCUAAGAAUUCAUACAGGUGAAAAACCCUACAAAUGCACUCAGUGUGGGAAGUGUUUUAGUACAAAUUUUGCUUUAAGUCAACACCGGAGAAUUCAUACAGGUGAAAAGCCAUACAAAUGUAUUCAGUGUGGGAAGUGUUUUAACACAAAAUCUUAUUUAGGUACACACCUGAGAAUUCAUACAGGUGAAAAGCCAUACAAGUGUACCCAAUGCAACAAGUGUUUUAGUGCAAAUUCUGCCUUAAAUUUACACCUAAGAAUUCAUACAGGUGAAAAACCCUACAAAUGCAUUCAGUGUGGUAAGUGUUUUGGUGCAAAUUUUGCUUUAAAUCAACACCUGAGAAUUCAUACAGGUGAAAAGCCCUACAAAUGUCCUCAGUGUGGGAAAUGUUUUUCCCAAAUAUCUAAUUUAAAUUACCACCAGAGAAUUCAUUCAGGUGAAAAGCCGUACAAAUGUACACAGUGUGGUAAGUGUUUUAGCGCAAAUUUUGCCUUAAAUCAACACCUUAGAAUUCAUACCGGUGAAAAGCCCUACAAAUGUUCUCAGUGUGGGAAGUGUUUUUCCCAGAUGUCUAAUUUACAUUGCCAUCAGAAAAUUCAUACAGGAGAAAAGCCCUAAAAACGUCUUUAGUGUGGAAAAUGUUUUUCCCUAAUAUAUCAUUUCAUUUGCCACCACAGAAUUGAUACUGGUGUGGCAAUUUUUUUCCCAUAUAACUUUGUUAAAUUUCCACCAGAUAAUUAAUACAAGUGAAUGCCCAACAUAUCCUCUUUCUACGAAGUGCUUUUCUGCCGAAAAUAAUUUCAGUCUCCGCCAAUUUAUUUGGGUGAGAAAAAGCACUCAGUGUGGGAAGUGUUUUUUCUACAAAGCACAAAUUUUAAUUUAAUUCAAAUUUAAAUUUACUUCUGAAAAUUCAUACAAAUUAACAUGUACUUAACAUUGUAACUAAAAUGUCCUUUUAAUGGCAAAAAAUAAUUUCUUCAGGUGUGCACCCUAAUAAAUGUACUCUUGCAUUGUGUUUGGGAAGUGUUUCAAAUUUCCAUCAAAUUUAAAAGAACAACCUGAUAAUUCAUCAUAAAAAAUCCCUUAAGAUUAAAAGACCACCCUGUUGUUGUUUCUAAAUUCUCACUUGGUGGGUUUUUAGUCAGAAGUCAUGCUUAUCGAGUCUAAAUGUACAUUAUCCAAAACCCCAAACUUUGCCAUCUCUGUUGAUGGUUUCACUAUCCCACCUUCCCCUCAUGUGAAGGGCCUUGGUGUCAUUCUUGACUGCACUCUCUGAUUCGAACCUCAUGUAAAACAAGUCACCAGAUCUGCCUUUUUCCAUCUUUGCAACAUAUGAAAGCUCUGGCCCAUCUUGUCCUGCUCCACAACAGAAACUCUAAUCCAUGCCUUUGUUACAUCUCAGCCGGAUUACUGUAACUUCUUUCUCACUGGCAUCGCAAUCAGAUCAAUCAGAAAACUUCAAUUAGUCCACAAUGCUGCAGCAAGAAUAGUCACCCAAAAAAAAUCAUAUGAUCACAUCUCUCCAAUUGUGUACAAACUACAUUGGCUGCCAAUAAAAUACCAAAUACAUUUCAGAACCCUCCUGCUACCCCCCUGUGCAUUCCAUGGUUUAGCUCCAGCCUCCCUCCACCUUACUGAUCUUCUCUUGGACUACACACCCACUUACUUGCUUCUCUCCUCCUCCGCAAGACUUUUAACCAUCCCCCCAACUCGCCAUUUCACUCUUGGUGAUUGGGCUAUCUCCUGUGCAGCACCCAAACUCUGAAACACACUCCCUCCCCACAUCUGUAAUUCUGAGACUUUCCAUUUUUAAGAAACCUCUAAAAACUCACCCCUUCGUACUAGCUUUGCAUAAACAGGACUUAGUUAUCCUCUCCCCUAUGGCACUUGUAAGUAAUUAGUCAUUCAGUGCUUUUAAAAAAAAUACCAGGUCUUGUAUAUGCAGUGUUUUUGUCUUUUUCUAACUUUUUAAUACGAUGUCCUUGUUUCGAAGUAUUUUAAUACCAUGUAAGGUGACCUUAAGUGCUCAGAAAGGGGCCUGAUAAAUAAAAAUUAUUAUUAUUAUUAUUUAGUUUUAGUUCAAGGUGUGAAUAAAAUGUGGUAAGCUCAACAUUUUGCAGUGCAUGUAAUGGUACUAGUUUGUAGUUCUCUUUCUGAUAUUGUGUACUUGUGUGUACUGUAUUUUGGACAGACACAUGAAAAAGCACAAUGACUGGGGCAAACUAGAUGCAAACUUUCUAUUUAUUACAAGUGUUUAUGACUGUUUUCUUCUUCAAUGUAUAACCAGUUCGUUGAAAAUCUGCACUUGAAUGUAUUUUAAUAUAAUUCCUUGAAGAUGUAGGGCGAUGUUUUGUGGGGAUGACAUUGAUGCAGGUGUUAUUUGAAAAAAUGAAAAUGUGAGAACAAUUUUGAUGUGUACUGUAGAAAGAAACAUUGCAAUGUCUAUUGCAAACUUGCAUUCUGAAAAUGAAAUUUAGAGUACAGUCCUUUUCAGUACUGCUACUGACAAUGUGGAGGCAUUAAAGUGUAUGUCACCUAAAGCUGGUCAUUACACUUCAGACAAUGUGUUUUAUCAGUUGAGAAUCCUUGUUUCAUUCUUCAUUUUUCUAUGUUGUACUAGAAUUGUAUAUGAAAUCAUUUUACAUUGUGAAUAUACACAUACCGAUGCCUCUAUGUCAUGUAAAUCUAUAUAAACACUUAUGUCCUUCA